UUUUACUGGAGCUGGGGCAGGGACUGAGGACAGUGACACAGCAGGCAAAGGAAAGGAACAUACCAUGGCUGCUGCUUCAAAUCAGAAUGUGGAGUUUGUGCGAACAGGCUACGGCAAGAACACAGUGAAGGUGCUGGUCAUCAGGAGACAGGGGAUCCACCACUACAUCAUUGAGCUGAAAGCCGACGUGGAGCUCACACUCAACUCGUGCAAGGAUUAUCUGACUGGAGACAACUCGGACAUCAUCCCCACCGACACCAUCAAGAACACCGUCCACGCCCUGGCCAAGAUCAAGGGGGUCAAGACCAUCGAGCAAUUUUCCCUGGAUAUCUGUCAUCAUUUCCUAACCUCUUUCAACCAUGUGCUGAGGGCCAAAGUUCACAUGGAGGAGGCUCCAUGGAGACGAUUGGAGAAGAAUGGAGUGGAGCAUGCUCAUGCAUUUAUCUACAGCCCGGAAGCUUUUCGCUUCUGUGAUGUUGACCAGAAUCUCAAUGGGAUCCCAGUGGUUCACAGUGGUGUGAAGAACAUGACAGUUCUGAAAACCACCCAGUCUGGUUUUGAGGGUUUCCACGUAGACCGCUUCACUACUCUGAAAGAGGCCAAGGACAGGUGUUUCUGCACCUCUGUCUACUCCAAGUGGCGCUACAACAAGAUUCAGGAUGUCAACUUUGACACUGCAUGGAAGUGUGUGAAGGAGACCAUUAUUGAGAAGUUUGCUGGUCCCUACGAUCGUGGGGAGUACUCACCCUCUGUGCAGAAGACUCUUUAUGAAACACAGGUUCUGGUCCUGGAUAGAGUUCCUGAAGUGGAAGAAAUUGAGAUUGUCAUGCCCAACCAGCAUUACUUCACCAUAGACAUGACAAAAAUGGGCCUCGUCAACAAAGAUGAAGUUCUUCUUCCCCUGGAUAACCCUUCAGGCAACAUCACAGGGACAGUGCGCAGGACACAGCGGGCCAAGCUGUAAAGACACCCAACAAUCUAGAAAAUGCUGCUUUGAUCAGUCUGAAUAAACUAUUUAAUAGAAAAGUAAAUCUGAUGUUGCGUAGGCCUAAUCAAGUUCUGAGGACCAAAAUGACCUUUAAUGCAUUUUUGUUUUAUCUAAAUCGCAACCACAACUCAAGAUUUCCCAAACAUGUCAAAGCUUUUGACCAUGUAAGGUGUAAUUCAAUAAAUUCAUGUGUUAAUAUUG